AUGGCUUCGCGAUCACUGGCUCAGGUCGGUCGCUCGGCCGCGGCUCGCCUGUUAAAAUCUAAUAUUCAGAGGAUUGUUCUUCCUGCUGCUGCUGCUGCCAGUGUGCGCCACAGUUCCAAUACUGUCGAUAAUAAGAGAGGUGUUCAUUCUUCAGUGGUGGCUCAGGCGCAAGCUCAGGCCGACAAGAGUGUGUCGAAGACUGCCACUGCCGCGGGAUCAAAAGGAAAGAUCGUCGCCGUUAUCGGUGCCGUCGUCGACGUCCAAUUCGAUGAGAACCUUCCUCCGAUUCUCAAUGGUCUCGAAGUCACUGGUCGCUCCCCACGUCUUAUCCUCGAGGUCUCUCAGCAUCUAGGAGACAAUGUGGUCCGUUGCAUUGCUAUGGACGGAACUGAGGGACUUGUUCGCGGUCAAGAAGUCGUCGACACUGGUGAUCCAAUCAAGAUCCCAGUAGGACCAGAGACUCUCGGCCGGAUUAUGAAUGUCAUCGGCGAACCAAUCGACGAGCGAGGUCCUAUCCCCGCUAAGCACCGCGCUCCUAUUCACGCUGAAGCACCAGAGUUCGUUGAAAUGUCCGUUGAACAAGAGAUUCUAGUAACUGGAAUCAAGGUCGUCGACUUGCUCGCACCGUACGCGAAAGGAGGAAAAAUCGGUCUUUUCGGUGGUGCCGGAGUAGGAAAAACUGUACUUAUUAUGGAACUGAUUAACAACGUCGCAAAGGCUCACGGAGGUUACUCUGUGUUCGCAGGAGUCGGAGAGCGUACUCGUGAGGGUAACGAUUUGUACCACGAAAUGAUUGAAGGAGGCGUUAUCGAUCUCAAGGGCAACAACUCGAAAGUAUCGCUGGUGUAUGGUCAAAUGAACGAGCCUCCAGGUGCCCGUGCUCGAGUGUGCUUGACUGGUUUGAGUGUAGCCGAAUACUUCCGAGACAAAGAAGGACAGGAUGUGCUUCUCUUCAUUGACAACAUUUUCCGUUUCACACAGGCUGGUUCUGAAGUAUCUGCCCUUCUCGGACGUAUCCCAUCUGCUGUAGGAUACCAACCCACUCUGGCCACCGAUAUGGGUAGCAUGCAGGAACGUAUUACAACCACAACUAAGGGAUCCAUCACAUCUGUGCAGGCUAUCUAUGUGCCUGCUGAUGACUUGACCGAUCCUGCUCCUGCCACCACAUUCGCUCACUUGGACGCUACCACUGUAUUAUCUCGUGGUAUUGCCGAAUUAGCCAUCUACCCAGCUGUCGAUCCUUUGGAUUCUACCUCCCGUAUCAUGGACCCAAACAUUGUCGGACACAAACACUACGAUAUUGCUCGUGGAGUGCAAAAGAUUCUUCAGGAUUACAAGUCUCUUCAAGAUAUUAUUGCUAUCCUUGGUAUGGACGAGUUGUCCGAAGACGACAAACUGACUGUAUCUCGUGCCCGAAAGAUCCAACGUUUCCUUUCUCAACCAUUCCAAGUCGCCGAAGUGUUCACUGGUCAUGCCGGAAAGUUCGUGUCACUGGAAGAAACUAUUCGCGGAUUUGAGAUGAUUUUGAAAGGAGAGCUCGACCAUCUUCCCGAGGUUGCUUUCUAUAUGCAAGGAGGAAUUGAUGAUGUGUUUGCCAAGGCUGAUGAACUCGCCAAGCAGCACAAUACAUAG